AUGUCAAACAGAUUCAGCCGCUCGCCCGACCCCCGCGCCGACCUCUUCAGCUCCUACAACCGCUCCGCCUCGCCGUCCAAGUCCAAAAACAAGCCCCCUCGCUCCUCGCCGUACGGCACCCCCGGCGGCGGCUCCGGCUACGGCUUCGCGCCGCCCAACACAUCAACCGACCAUCUUGCGCCGAACGGGAACAACACCGGCGCCCCCGCGUUCAAUGCAUAUCCCAGUGCGAAUGGCGGCGGCGGCACGCCGAGCGCGCAUUUCAGGGCCGCGACGCCGAACUCGCGGGGCCAGUAUAGCGCCGCCGUGCUGGACGAGCUGGAGAGCCAGAACGACGAACAGGUGGGCGUUUUGAGCGGGAAGGUGCGCAUGUUGAAGGAUUUGACCGUAGCCAUCGGCGACGAGAUCCGCGACUCGAGCUCGCUCGCCGACAGGAUGAACGACCAGUUUGAGAACUCGCGGCUGAAGAUACGCGGCACGAUGAAUAGGAUGCUGCGGAUGGCGGAGAAGACGGGUGUUGGGUGGAGGGUGUGGUUGGGUUUUUUUGCCGCGGUCAUUUUUCUGUUUUGGUAUGUGUGGUUGUUCUGAGACGUACGCGCUUAGAGGCCACAUCACAAGAGAAGGGGCUGUACAAAGGCAGGCGGCGGUGCGGCGGUCCACAGGGGGGCGGACAUGGUGCGCUUCUGACACUAGGGCCACGUUCGCGGGUUGCGGUGCCGCGAAUAACUCCAUGACGCUGUUGGACAUGGGAGUGUUGAAGAAGCUGGCAUCUUGGAGGGAGUCCACGCGCGUCGACAGGCCAGGGGCAUGCUGUCUGCCGUGCUCUGCGAUAUCGAUUUGGCUUUGAGCGAU